AUGAAGUGGCUGCUCGCCAGCGGGUUGAUCUCGCUCUUUGCGACAACCGCGACAAGUUGGCCCUACGAUACGGAGUUCCUCCAGUACAACUUGAACGAAAACAAGACCGCUACAGAUCCCGCACACUACUGGGGAGAAUGGCCCGAUCACACAUACCACCCCUCCCCGGACAACUGGCGGUUCCCCUUCUACACUCUUUUCAUGGAUCGCUUCGUCAACGGUGACCCCACCAAUGACAACAUCAACGGAACCCAGUUCGAGCACGAUCUCGACUCGACACAAAUGCGCCAUGGUGGCGAUGUAGCUGGUCUCAUCGAUACUCUGGAUUAUCUCCAAGGAAUGGGUAUUAAGGGUCUGUAUCUCGCGGGAACCUCUCUGCUGAAUCAACCGUGGGGUUCGGACGGUUAUUCGGUGAUGGAUACCACUCUGCUGGACUUCCACUAUGGUACACUCGAGACCUGGCGUACUGCGAUCACGGAAAUCCACAAGCGUGGAAUGUACGUGCUGUUCGACAACACAAUUGCGACAAUGGGUGAUCUUAUUGGAUUCGAAGGCCAUCUCAACACCUCCACCCCCUUCUCCGAGAAGGAAUGGAAGACCCAAUGGAAGACCGACCGCCGCUACGUCGACUUCGAUAUCGGUAAAGGAGAUUACAACGCAACCUGUGACUACCCUCGAUUCUGGUUCGAGGACGGAUACCCGGUCAACCAGUCUCAGACCUCGGCACUGGUCGGUUGUUUCAACAGUGAUUUCGACCAGUACGGUGACAUCGAAGCCUUCGGUGUCUGGCCCGAUUGGAAGCGUCAGCUGGCCAAGUUCGCCUCCGUGCAAGAUCGUCUCCGAGAGUGGCACCCCACGGUCCGCGAGAGGUUGAUCAGACACUCUUGUAUAAUUAUCGCCUCUCUGGAUAUUGAUGGUUUCCGUUACGAUAAGGCCACCCAGGCGACGGUUGACGCUCUGGGUGAUAUGUCCGCCGCAUACCGCGAGUGCGCCCGCGCCGUUGGAAAGGAGAAUUUCUUCAUCGCUGGUGAAAUCACGGGUGGUAACGAGUUCGGUACCGUUUACCUCGGCAGAGGAAGACAGCCAAACCAGUGGCCCGCCUCAGCGGAGGCGACGAUGAAGUUGACCAACGAAUCUUCAGCCCAAUACUUCCUGCGUGAGGCAGGCAACGAAGCAAUCGACGGUGCGGCUUUCCACUACACGACCUACCGUGCCCUGACUCGUUUCCUUGGUAUGGAUGGACAGCUUUCCGCUGGUUACGAUGCCCCCGAUGACUGGGUUGAGGGAUGGAAUUACAUGGCGAGAUCCAACGAUCUGAUCAACGCCAACACUGGAAAAUUCGAUCCCCGACACAUGUACGGCGCCACUAACCAGGAUGUCUUCCGUUGGCCAGCCAUUGCCAACGGCACACACAGACAGCUCCUGGGAUCCUUUAUCACUACCCUGAUGCUUCCUGGAAUUCCUCUCCUGCUCUGGGGUGAAGAACAAAACUUCUACAUCCUGGAUGGUACCGCGUCCAACUACAUUUACGGUCGUCAGUCGAUGUCUCCCGCCACUGCGUGGAGAACCCACGGUUGUUUCAACUUGGACUCUUCGCAGUACUACAAGUGGCCUGUGACAGCUGCUCGCGAGGGUUGCCGGGAUCUGACUGUUGCCUAUGAUCACCGCGAUCCUUCCCACCCUCUGCGCAACAUCAUGAAGCACAUGUACCAGAUGCGUGAGCAGUACCCAGUCCUCAACGAUGGUUAUGCCCUCAACAACCUCUCCAAGCAAGUGUUUGAUGUUAAGUACCCUGGUUCUAACGGUACCGUCACGGUGACUGGAAUGUGGUCCGUCUCCAGGGACGUGAACACCGCAGUGCAGAAUUGGACGGUCGCAGACAGCCAGCCCGUGUGGUUUGUCUACUCCAACCUGAACGACACCAGGACCUACAAGUUCGACUGCUCCAGCACCAACCCCAACAAGACCUUGACUGCACCCUUCGAAUCCAAGACCACGGUCAAGAACCUCUUCGCUCCCUUCGAUGAGGUUACCCUGGAGACUGGUGCCCGCAAGCUGGGCUACAAUGGAUCUGAAGAGUACAAUGGCUGUCUGUCCGAGUUGAAGCUGAAGGCCUACGAAUUCCGUGCUUAUGUUCUGAAGAGCGAGCACAAGAUGCCCCGCCCUAUGGUCACUAAGUUCACCCCCGGUCACGACCACCCACAGCUGUCCAGCGUGGCGCCAGGAAAGGACGAAAGCGUGAAGAUCGAAUUCUUUUUCUCGGAAGCCAUGGACUGCGAUACCAUCACAAACAAUCUCACCUUCGUUUCAUCGACCGAGACUGGAAAGGUCCCCACAAUCAACAAGGAUACCGUCAACUGCACCACAUACAAAACCGAUCUACCACUGCAAACCAACUGGACCAGUGAGAUCCCAAGCAAGUUCAGCUGGGCAGCGAACCUGACGGGAGUCUACAACGGUAUCCACCGGCUGACACUGAACAACGUCACCAACAAGGGCAAGACCGAUUACACGAAUGCGAUCGACCAUUUCCUUCUGCGUAUCGGACAGUUCGAUAACCCCAUGGUUCAGAACAACGCCAACUACUCCAGUAGUCUGCUUCACCGAUAUGACAACGGUUCUCUUUACAUCCGUCAACACGCUACUGGCGCUGACAAGUGGCGCUACUCGACGAACUGGGGCACUACAUUCUCUAAGUGGUUCGAUUAUAAGGGUGGCAACGUCCCCAUUGAUAGGCUCCCAUGGUCCGGCACCAAGAAGCAAGACUGGAAUGGCGAUCACGUCCGCGUUGAGUACUGGAGCAAAUUGACCGGUAGCAGCGAUUACGUGCAGGAGGGUGAUGUUGACUGGAGUGGCACGGCCACACGUCGUUUCCCACACGCCUUCUUCAACGGACCCUACAACCAGUACGGUUACGAUGGAGGUCUUGACAACGCUAUCAAGUUUGACGAGAAGACUGGAACUUGGUCUUUCCAUUUCACCUCUGAAUGGCCUGCGGUUGGACAGCUCAACAUCUGGGGCAUGAACCCUGAUGGUUCGCCCGAUCAAAGUUGGGUUCUGGGUGAUGCCGACAAUGAUACUAUUCUGGACCGCAUGCCCCCGUCUUCCCUCUCCGCAACCCUGAUCAACAUCACUCGGGCGCCCGCGAAGGGAUACUUGUCGCACAAGAUCUACAUCAAUGAUGCCUCCCUCAAGUUCUGGCUUGAUCCCGUUGGAUCCCAAUCUACCCAGAUCAUCAUGUUCAUCCUGUUCUGGAUCAUCCCCUUCAUCACCGGUUCGGCCUGCGUUUACAUCUUCAUGAAGUCGUUCUACAAGGUCAAGUUCAACCAGGUUGGUGUUAGCGAGAAGCAGUCCAUGAUCCCGCUCGCCUUCUGGAAGAAGCUUAAGCCUUCUCGCUCUGGAAAGGACGGUUCUUCGAACCCGCUCAUGCGCCUGGCUAACAAGUCUGGCUUCAUGCAGAGCACCACUGCUCUGGGUGGUGCUAUGGCGGCCGAGAAGCGACGAAUGGUCCUGAUCGCUACCAUGGAAUACGAUAUUGAGGAUUGGGCCAUUAAGAUCAAGAUCGGUGGUCUCGGUGUCAUGGCGCAACUCAUGGGUAAGACCCUCGGUCACCAGGAUCUGAUCUGGGUCGUUCCCUGUGUUGGAGGUAUCGAUUACCCCAUUGACCAGGCUGCGGAGCCUAUGACCGUCACCAUUCUCGGCAGUGCCUACCAGGUCCAGGUUCAAUACCACGUCUUGAACAACAUCACCUAUGUCUUGCUUGAUGCACCGGUCUUCCGUCAACAGUCCAAGACUGAGCCCUACCCUGCUCGCAUGGAUGAUCUCGACUCCGCUGUCUACUACUCUGCUUGGAACCAGUGUAUUGCUGAAGCCAUCAAGCGAUUCCCGAUUGACGCCUACCACAUUAACGAUUACCACGGUUCUCUCGCCCCGCUUUACCUCUUGCCCAACACCAUUCCGGCCUGUCUUUCUCUGCAUAAUGCUGAGUUCCAGGGUCUCUGGCCUAUGCGAACCCUCAAGGAGAAGCAGGAGGUCUGCUCUGUCUUCAAUCUUGAUGAAGAGGUUGCCCGUCGUUACGUCCAGUUCGGUGAAGUGUUCAACUUGCUUCACGCCGGUGCCAGUUAUCUUCGUGUUCACCAGCAGGGUUUCGGUGCCGUCGGUGUCUCCAAGAAAUACGGAAAGCGUUCCUAUGCUCGUUACCCUAUUUUCUGGGGUCUUCGCAAGGUCGGUAACCUGCCUAACCCCGAUCCAUCUGAUGUUGGCGAGUGGACCAAGGAGCCUACCCGAGAGGAAGAUAUUACUGUCGAUCCUACCUACGAAGCCAGCCGUGGUGAGCUCAAGAGACAAGCACAGGAAUGGGCUGGACUGGAUCAGAACCCGGAUGCCGAUCUUCUCGUCUUCGUCGGUCGUUGGUCUAUGCAGAAGGGUGUUGAUCUGAUUGCGGACGCUCUGCCUGCGGUUAUCGAAGCUCGCCCCAAUGUGCAACUGAUCUGUAUUGGACCUGUUAUCGAUCUCUACGGUAAAUUCGCAGCUCUCAAGCUCGACCACAUGAUGAAGGUCUACCCCGGCCGCGUCUUCUCCAAGCCUGAAUUCACUGCUCUCCCGCCAUUCAUCUUCUCCGGUGCCGAGUUUGCCCUGAUCCCCUCCCGUGAUGAGCCCUUCGGUCUUGUUGCCGUCGAGUUCGGACGUAAGGGUGCUUUGGGUAUUGGUGCUCGUGUCGGUGGUCUUGGUCAAAUGCCCGGUUGGUGGUACAACGUGGAAUCCAUCUCGACAUCUCACCUCCUCAUCCAGUUCAAGCUUGCUAUCGAGGCUGCGCUGAACUCCAAGAACUCUACUCGUGCGAUGAUGCGUGCUCGUUCCGCCAAGCAGCGUUUCCCUGUCGCCCAGUGGGUUGAGGACCUCGAGAUCCUGCAAUCUACCGCCAUCACUAUCCACCACAAGGAAGCCAACAAAACUCACACCGGACACGUUGGUGGUCUGAGCCACAUGCGCCCCGGUACUUCGUCUGGCGGCAGCACCUACAGUGGUGUUAUGGGCGGAAUGGGCGGAAUGAGCGGAUUGCCUUCUCCUGGCAUGAACUCUCCCUUCAUGCACUCCAGAGAGAGCAGCUUGUCCUUCAACCAGAUGAACGAGAACCCCGCACAGAAGAAGAUCAGCUACAGUGUGGACCCCGCUCAGGAUGAUACUGAAAAGCCCAAGUCUGGACUGAGCCGGUCUCUCUCCUUGGGUGUUCGCUCGGGUCCUGGACACGCUGGCCGUCGCAGACAAGCUGCUGCCGCCGAAGGUAUUCCCGAAACCGAUGCCGACGGUGAGGAAAGCAGUGACGAUGAUCCUUCUCACGAUCUGUUCGAGGAUGAUGAGUACACUCUUACCCCAGCCCAGGUUGAGGAAGGAAGACGGGCCCAAGCCGCUCAAAAGGAUCGUGCCCAGGGCCUUCCCUCGCCUGGUCUUUCUUCCCCCGCUAGCCCCAGUCAGGAGUCUAUCCAGCCCAGAUUCAUGAUCCCUCCUUCUAGUCCUGGAUAUGGAAGUCCCCUCGGAAGCCCUGGCAUGCCUCCUUCUGCGGACAAUCUCCUCCUUCCUCCCCGUCCUCUUGGUGAUUCCAACCGUCUCAGCACUGCCUCCGUUCUCUCCCUCGACUCCGUCGUCGGUAAUAAGACGGACUUCAAGUUGCAGAAGGUCGAUCCCUUCUUCACUGAUAGCACGGGCGAGUACUACAAGACUUUCGACAAGAAGUUGGAGAUUCUGAACGGCAGCAACUCUGAAUCACAGCUGUGUAUCGAAGAGUUCCUGAUCAAGAGUGAACAGCAGUGGUUCGACAGAUUCCGCAAUGCCAAACUGGGUCGCAGCAAGUCUCCCACUCCAUCCAUCCGACUCUCCUCCCGAAACCACAACCACGACUCGCCUCCCAACUCCGUCUACAAUGAUGAUGCUGUUUCGCACAUCGCCAGCAGCGAGGACCACCCCACCGAUGACGAGUUCCUUCUCGGCAAGGACUAUGUCCCUCCUACCGGUCUCAAGAAAUGGAUGCAGAUCAAGAUCGGUGAUUGGCCGGUCUACUCCAUCUUCCUCGCCUUGGGUCAGAUUAUCGCCGCCAACUCGUACCAGAUCACUCUGCUCACGGGCGAAGUUGGUCAGACUGCCGAGAAGCUGUAUGCUAUCGCGACAACCUAUGCCAUCACUUCACUCUGUUGGUGGCUCGUGUACCGCUACUUCAAGUCCGUUGUCUGCCUGUCAGCUCCGUGGUUCCUGUAUGCCGUUGCCUUCAUCUUCAUUGGCUCUGCUCAUUUCGAAUCCGGUGAGUACGCUCGUGGCUGGAUCCAGAACGUCGGCAGUGGCUUCUACGCUGCGGCCUCGUCCAGUGGAUCUAUCUUCUUCGCCUCCAACUUUGGUGACGAAGGUGGUGCUCCCGUCGAAGUGUGGAUUUUCCGUGCCUGUGUCAUCCAAGGUAUCCAGCAGGCAUAUGUCAUUGCUCUCUGGUACUGGGGUUCCACUCUGACCAAGGCCUCUUCCCAGGGUCUUCUGACCCCCGAGACCUCCAUCGCCAACUCAUGGAAGAUGUCCGCCAUCUGUUACCCCAUCGCAGUCUUCCUCAUCCUUGUCGGACUUCUCUUGGCCUUCGGACUUCCCAACUACUACCGCCAGAAGCCCGGUAAGGUCCCCUCCUUCUACAAGUCGCUUUUCCGGAGAAAGAUUGUCACCUGGAACUUCAUCGCCGUCAUCCUGCAGAACUUCUUCCUCAGUGCACCCUACGGCCGCAACUGGAGCUUCCUCUGGGGCUCCACUCACACCAAGCCCUGGCAAAUUGUGCUCCUCUGCAUUCUGUUCUUCGGCUUUGUGUGGUGUAUCUUCCUGUUCUGCGUCAGCAAAUUCUCCAAGCGACACAGUUGGUUCAUCCCCGUCUUCGCCUGCGGUCUGGGUGCUCCUCGCUUCAUCCAAAUCUGGUGGGGUGUCUCCGGCAUCGGCUACUACCUCCCCUGGGCAGGCGGCUACACCUCCGGAGCCCUAGUCUCCCGUAGUCUCUGGCUCUGGCUCGGCGUUCUUGAUUCCAUCCAAGGUCUCGGCUUCGGUAUCAUUCUUCUGCAAACCCUCACGCGAGUCCACAUGUGUUUCGCACUUAUUGCAUCCCAGGUGCUUGGUUCCAUCGCGACCAUCUGCGCCCGAGCUUUCGGCCCCAACGCCACUGGCCCCGGCCCGAUUUCCCCAGACAUGACUCUCGGCGCUCACGCUCUAGGCAAUGCCUGGUUCUGGGUGGCCUUGUUCUGUCAGCUUCUGGUCUGUGCUGGUUUCCUGCUCUUCUUCCGCAAGGAGCAGCUUGCCAAGCCUUAA